GACCGAUCUGUCGGUCUGCGUGUAAUGCCGGAACAGAGCAACGACUACCGCGUGGUUGUGUUCGGCGCGGGAGGUGUCGGGAAGAGCAGCCUCGUUCUGAGAUUCGUGCGCGGGACAUUCCGGGACUCGUACAUCCCCACCAUCGAGGACACGUAUCGGCAAGUGAUCAGCUGCAAUAAACAGGUGUUCACUUUACAGAUCACAGACACGACCGGAAGUCAUCAGUUUCCGGCCAUGCAAAGACUGUCUAUAUCAAAAGGUCACGCAUUUAUCCUCGUAUAUUCUAUAACAAGUCGGCAAUCUCUAGAAGAGCUUAAACCGAUCUUUGAGGAGAGUCGAGAAAUCAAAGGAACGGACAUCGAUGGAAUCCCAAUUAUGUUAGUUGGAAACAAAUGUGACGAAUUCGCGAGGCAGGUGGGGACGCCGGAAGGGGCGGCUGUAGCGAAACACUGGAAGUGCGGGCAUCUCGAAACAUCUGCGAAAACGAACUACAACGUAAAAGAACUGUUCCAGGAAUUAUUACAGUUGGAAAAACGGCGGACAAUGAGUUUGCAGUUGGAAACAAAAAAGACGCGCUCGCAGAAACGGAAGGAAAAGUUAAAGGGAAAAUGUUCAAUAAUGUGAAGUUUUUCUGAAUAUGCAAAUCAAUCCAUUCA